GGCUCGGGUUCCUGCAGGCUGGCAUGCGGUCCCGGAGGGCGCCGAGGACGCUUAGUACUUACCACCGUGGUCAAGUGACUGGCAUGUACGGCAGCUUCGACGAUCACACCAACCACUGUGACGCGCCUGCCGGACCUUGGCACGCUGGAGUCUAUUGCUGGACUGGACAGGCAUGCUCGCAUUAUGGAGGCAAUGCGUCCUUGCUUGCUGUCGACCACGCUUACGCUCCGCCGUCACCCAUCCAAGCUGAGGCGAAUCGUAGCGAAUGAUUCCUCCGACAUUAAUUAAAUAUUGGUAUGCGGAGCCACCCCAUAGGCGGGAGAAUAUAGAGAGGCGCUGGGGUAUUUUGGUCACGGUGGGGAUGCUCAGGUGGCUGCUGGACGCGAACGACAGGCACUCAUCAUAUUGGGAGGUGUCACGGUUGAUGCUCGCUGCCGGGUGAUGUACCGCUACUCUCUCCUCCCCAUCUCCUCGCACACUGAACCUGCCGCGAUGGAUGUGGACGAGAAGGCAAUUGCGACGGAGAAGCCGGCCCAGAUUGAGGAGGCUGAGAACCCCCCGUCAAUCAAGGGCGCCUCAGUGCCCUCGCCUCUCGAGAAGAGGCUAGUCAGGAAACUGGACGUGCGCAUAAUGCCUAUCGCCUGCAUCCUCUACCUCUUUGCAUAUCUCGACAGAUCGAACCUGGGGAAUGCUCGGCUUCAAGGUCUGCCCCAGGAUGCUUUAAACGGCGACCCGACUGGCGAGCUCUACGGCUGGGUCAACUCUGUGUUCUUUAUCUCAUAUAUUCUGUGCCAGAUACCCGCAACUAUCAUCUCCAAGCUCUUUCCCCCGCGUAUAUGGAUAGGCUGUUUUGCGGUUGGGUGGGGGAUUUGUGCAACAUUGUCGGCUGCUGCAUUCAACUUUGCGGGUCUCGUCUGUGCGCGGCUUGGCCUUGGUUUCUUCGAAGCUGGAUUUGGGCCUGGGAUCCCCCUCUAUAUGUCGCUGUACUACACCAAGGAUGAGAUAGGUAUGCGCAUGGCGUACUGGUUCGGCUUUGCUGCCGUGGCAGGGGCCUUUGGGGGGCUUAUCGCGUUCGGGAUACAACAUGUGCACGCCUCGGUUGAGAAUUGGCGGCUACUAUUCAUUGUCGAGGGUUCACCGACAAUAGUGCUUGGUAUAGUGGCCAUGUUUCUUCUGCCCAACAGACCGGAGGAGACGACAUACCUGAACGAGGAGGAGCGCCAGCUGGCUGUCGAGAGGAUGAAUAGAGGUCUCUCUGGCGACACAGGACGGGUAGUGAACAGCAAGCAUAUCCUGGCAGCCUUCAAAGAUUGGCGGAUCUAUGCCGCUGGUGUGCUGUAUUUCGGAUCGAAUUGUGCUCUUGCGUCCAUCUCGGCCUUCUUGCCGACUAUCAUUGCCACGUUCGGUUACACGGAUGCCCUGGCACAACUGCUGACAGUCCCGCCUUACGCCGUCGCUGCUGUGUACCUCUGUCUGAGCUCGUAUGUAUCGGACAGGCUGCAAAGUCGCGGCACGUUCGUCGCCGCUGCUGGCAUCGUUGGUGGCAUCGGCUACGUGCUGCUCCUUGCCGUGCAAGAUAAUGUGCACGCACGCUAUUUUGCUGUGUUCUGCAUUACGAGCGGGACGUACACGACUAUCGGCGUCGUGAUCGCAUGGUUCGCGCAUAAUCUGGGCUCCGAGACCAAGAAGGCGACCGGUAUCCCGAUGUACAUGGCGAUCGGUCAAUGUGGGAGUAUCCUGGGCUCCAAGAUCUUCCCGUCAACGGAGGGACCACAAUACGUCAAGGGCUUCUCAGUGACCUGUGCGCUAUUGUUCCUGUCAGCGUUCGUUGCGCUCGUUCUCUCGAUAUCCUAUCGCCUAGAGAAUGUCCGGAGAGACAGACUGUACGGCCGGCCAGACCCGGACGCAACCGUCGAUACGUCGGAAUUGGCGGACAAUGCGCCUGAUUUCCGGUAUGUCCCUUGAAAAACAAUGACUGGGUGGCAUCCUGGUGUACGAGUAUUGGGCGAUACCUCUUGUGGCGUUGUACUUGUAUAUUUUUCAUGAAGCAUCAAGACCGUUCAUCGUGG